AUGCUGCGUCACCGAGCCACGGAGUUGUUGUCUUUCUGUCUUAGGACCCGGUGGUAUCGCGCGCCAGAGCUUUUCCUCGGCUCCCGUGGAGAUUCCAGCGUCGACCUCUGGUCCGCUGGUUGCACUAUCGCGGAGUUGAUACUAAGGAGGCCUUGGGUUCCAGGUUCCGACACGCGUGAUAUGCUGUUUCGAAUUUGCGGGGAGCUCGGUGCCCCAGAUGAAAGCGAAGGUUGGCCACUGGCCGCGCAGUUGGUGGAGGCCUCCGGGCGCAAGAACGCAGAACCUGCGGCCUGGCAGAGCCUGCGGGAAGCUGGCGCUUCGCAGGCAGCUGUGGACAUGCUCGAGAGCCUCCUCCGUUAUGAUGGACAGCGGCGCCUGAGAUGCGACAAGGCUCUCCGGGAACUGCCCUUCUUCACUACAGAAGAGCCUGAGGUGCCUGUGCCAGUGCCGGUCUCCCGGCCGCUGAGUCCUGCGACUUUGCAGCGUUCCAGGGAAGAGGUUUAUGCCGACUUGAAAUAUGUGUGCCUCGAGAAACUACGACUUGAUGCUAUGUGUUUGUUCCAGUGCAGCAAAGGUGUGCUUGUAGCUCAAGAACUCUUACGCCUGGACCCUUGGCUCAGGAAUCUCGGCUUCACGUCGGCCAGCCCUUUGGGAAGGUUCUCAUAUCUCACAACGCAGUCGAACGUGCUGCUGUUGAUUUGGAGCCUCCUACACCUCGUUGAGCCCGCCUUCCGCGAUGACAGUGGGAACUUGACAUUAACAUGCAUCUGCUACUCUGGGGAGCCAUUUUUUGGUGGCCUUGGCAUCUUCGUUUCCGCGGCAUAUGCCGUCACGAUGCAUGACGAUAAGGUGAGUGUUCACUUCAUCCGCAAAGCUGUGCGAGAUGGAAGACUUCGGCUGCAUCUUUCAUCGAGAAUCCCGACAGAGGAAGAGUGGCGGCAAGACCAAGUGAUUGCCCACGCCCCGCAGAUAAUGAUCUCGCUCGUCACUGCGGCGACUCGUGAUGCUGCAUUGCUCGAGCGCCAUCUGCCGAGGUCUCCUUGGCCCGUGCUGCUGCAGGGGCUACUCUUUGGAAUGUGGUACUCGGCUUGCCUCUUGUCGGUCUGGCAAGCCUCAAAGCUCUGGCCCUAUCCCUUCAUGUAUUCCUUUCGACACUGGAGCCACCACGUUGGCUUGUAUGUCGCUGCCUUCGGCACCAGCUCACUUCUUGCAGUUUUGCAUUGGCGAUUGCUCUGGUGGCGUACGCAGUAA